AAUCCAACGUGAACUCGUGAUAUUACGAUCACGCAAAUGCAGAAUAAAAUGAUCGUAAUAGCCGGUGCGUAGAUUGGAUUCCUCGUUUUUUCGUUUUAUGAAGAUAGCAGCACACGUUCUAAAACGCAUGUGUCACCCAUUCUAUAUAUGAAUAAAAACGGAUAUAUGAAAGAGAUGAUACACUCGAAACACAUUUCCUCUUUUGUUUUUUUUUUCGCGUAUUAAGAUCUCGGUGUGCCUAAAAAUCAGGUAAAUAACCCAGUGUUAAGCUUGCAAAUCGUUGUGUUUUAUAAAAAACUGAUCGAGAUGAUGUAGGAUGAAGAAAACGCUAAGGCAAAAACGAGACUCCUCGUCGACUGCCAGUGAAAUAAACAAAACAUUGGUCUUCUCAAAUCCCUAACCUGUCCAUUCAAACAAAACUCAUUUCGGGAAAUUACAAGCUCAAAUAAACGGAAUAAAAGAUGGAAUUAACACGAGGCUUUUUAAACCCAAAAUUUCGAAACUCGAUGCUCGUUGUAGCGAAAAAGUUUUUCAGCAUACAAAGUGUAAAACGUGUGAGAUUGGCUGAAGUCGGAAAACUCGAAGCUCCAAAAUUACAAGGAAAAUACGAUACUGGUCAAUUGAUUCUGCAUCGUGUAUUUGGCUAUCGUGGUGUUAUCCUUUUCCCUUGGUGCGCCAGAGUUUAUGACAGAGAUUCGCCGAGCAAAAAAGAAGGUGUUGAAGAAUCCAACUACAACAGUGUUGGGAAAGAAGUCAAAGGAAAGACUCACACUUUCUAUCAAGUAUUGAUCGAUCAGAGAGAUUGUCCUUUCAUCAGAGCUCAAACAGAGGCAGUAACGUUUCUUGGUAACCACGAAAGCAGCAGAAGUUUGUACGCUAUUCCAGGCUUGGAUUACGUUGCUCACGAAGAUAUAUUGCCUUACUCAACAAACGACAAGACUGCCGUUCAACACGAGCUUUUUGACAAAUUUUUAGCCUUUCAUCCGAACAGGGAUCCCCCAUUCGUAGCUCAGGAAACGCUUACAGCGUGGCAACAAAAGAAUCAUCCCUGGCUCGAACUCUCAGACGUUCACAAGGAAACAACCGAAAAUGUACGGGUCACUGUCAUACCGUUUUACAUGGGAUGCAGAGAGAGUCAAACAACUUCGGUAUAUUGGUGGCGUUAUUGUAUCAGACUAGAAAACAUGGGCGAUUUGAGUGUGCAGUUGCGAGAACGUCAUUGGAGAAUAUUCAGUUUGUCUGGAACAUUGGAAACGGUACGAGGACGCGGCGUAGUCGGACAGGAGCCAGUAUUGUCGAAAACGUUGCCAGCUUUUCAGUACAGUAGCCACGUUAGUUUGCAAGCUCCAAGUGGUCACAUGUGGGGAACAUUUAGAAUGGAACGCGAGGAUGGUUACACGUUCGACUGCAGGAUACCGCCGUUCUCAUUGGAAUCGAAAGUCGAUGAGUCCUCAACCCCAAACGUAGAAACGUAAAAUACAUUAACGUAUGCUUGUGCGAAAGUAAUGAAAGAAUCGAACUCUUUCACACGAUAAAUGUGUAACAUCUUUAACAAAAAAAAAAAAGGAAAAUAAGCGAACUAAUCUGAAAAAGUUACCCGAUUCGUCCUUGGAGAAUGAGCACGUGAAAAUUCGUCCUUGACGAAAUAAAUAUCCUUGGUCUCAUUCUUUAAAUGUAUAUAUUCAUUCUGCUAGGUGAUUUAGUUUUGUAGGUAAGACUUUAAGUUGUAUAGAACCAGUAGGUCAAGCAAUAAAUAUUCUUUCUCGCGUAAA